AUGAUCACCUGCCAAGUGCGUCGACUGUCCUCCAAGCCGGUCUUGCAGUCGCUCACCAGAUCGUAUGCAAGCCAUGCAUCCAAGAUCGGAGACACAAAGGUUUCCAUGUCAAACCUCGAAAAGGAGAAAUACAUCAACUACCAACGUAUCGAGGACAACCUUCAAGUCGUCCGUCGACGUCUCAAUCGCCCCUUGACCCUUUCCGAAAAAGUCCUCUACGGACAUCUCGAUAAUCCGCAAGAGGCAGACAUCCGUCGGGGAGCCUCUUACCUUAAGUUGCGCCCAGACCGAGUUGCUUGUCAAGAUGCCACAGCCCAGAUGGCCUUACUCCAAUUCAUGACGGCCGGCUUACCCGAGGUAGCGGUGCCGACAACGGUGCACUGUGACCACUUGAUCGAGGCGCAGAUCGGAGGGACCAAAGAUCUGGCGCGAGCGGUGGCGACAAACAAGGAGGUAUACGACUUCCUAGCCUCGUGCUCGGCCAAGUACGGCAUCGGCUUCUGGCGCCCCGGCUCCGGGAUCAUCCACCAGAUCAUCUUCGAAAACUAUGCGUUCCCCGGCGGAUUGAUGAUCGGUACCGAUUCCCACACCCCCAACGCCGGUGGAUUGGGCAUGAUCGCCGUCGGUGUCGGUGGCGCUGAUGCCGUCGAUGUCAUGGCCAACUUGCCUUGGGAGUUGAAAUGUCCCAAAGUGAUCGGUGUCAAGUUGACUGGAAAAAUCUCUGGCUGGACAAGCCCCAAAGAUGUCAUUCUCAAGGUUGCCGGCAUCCUGACCGUCAAGGGUGGAACUGGGGCGAUCGUCGAGUAUUUCGGACCGGGUGUCGAAUCCUUAUCAGCCACCGGAAUGGGCACGAUUUGCAACAUGGGUGCCGAGAUUGGCGCCACCACCUCAAUGUUCCCCUACAACCGCCGCAUGGCCGAUUACCUGAACGCUACCAAGCGUAGCAACAUCGCCAAAUACGCCGAUCAGUUCAAGCACAACUUGCAGAGUGACGAGGGAGCUGAAUACGACGAAAUGAUUGAAAUCAACUUGAAUGAAUUAGAACCUCACAUCAACGGGCCGUACACACCUGAUCUUGCCACGCCUCUAUCCGCGUUUGCCAAGACAGUUGAAGAAAAGGGCUGGCCUAAGGAAUUGAAGGUUGCUCUGAUCGGCUCUUGCACCAAUUCCUCUUACGAGGACAUGUCCCGAGCGGCCUCGAUUGCCAAGGAAGCACACGACCACGGCUUGAACGUCAAGUCGAAGUUCACCAUCACUCCCGGCUCCGAACAGAUCCGUGCAACGAUCGCCCGUGACGGCCAAAUGGAAGUCUUGGAAAACGUCGGCGGCUUGGUACUAGCUAAUGCUUGCGGACCUUGCAUUGGUCAAUGGGAUCGACAAGAUGUCAAGAAGGGCGACGUUAACUCCAUCAUCACAUCCUACAACCGAAACUUCACCGGGCGAAACGAUGCGAAUCCGUCCACUCACGCGUUUGUAGCCUCACCAGACCUGGUCACUGCGAUGGCCUUCGCUGGAGACUUGACUUUCAACCCGAUGAAGGAUACGUUGAAAGGCAAGGAUGGAAAGGAGUUCCGAUUCUCCGACCCAAGUGGAAAGGAAUUGCCUCCCCGAGGCUACGACCCAGGAGAGAACACCUACCAAUCCCCGCCCGCAGACCGCCAAUCAGUCCAGGUUGCGGUAUCACCCUCGAGUGAUCGACUUCAAGUCCUAAAACCGUUCAAGGCUUGGGACGGUAAGGACCCCGCCAACAUGCCAGUCUUGAUCAAGGCAUCUGGCAAAUGCACUACCGACCACAUUUCUGCUGGUGGACCAUGGUUGAAGUACCGAGGUCACCUUGAAAACAUCUCCCAGAACAUGUUGAUCGGGGCGAUCAACGAGGCAAACGGCAAGCCGAACGAGGUCUUGAACCAAGAGACUGGCAAGUGGGGCGGCGUGCCCGAAGUCGCGGCCUACUACCGCGACCAUGACAUUCCUUGGUGCGUCGUCGGCGACCAAAACUACGGUGAAGGAUCGUCCCGUGAACAUGCCGCACUCGAGCCCCGAUUCAUGGGUGGUGUGGCUGUGAUCACCCGGUCAUUUGCCCGUAUCCACGAGACGAACUUGAAGAAGCAAGGCAUGCUCCCGUUGAACUUCGAGAACCCAGCGGACUACGAGAAAGUGCAGCCGGACGACCGGAUCGACCUCCAGGGGAUCACCGGCCUCAAGGAGGGCAGCAAGGUCACGAUGAUCGCCAAACAUAAAGACGGCUCGGUCGACAAGAUCCCGCUCACUCAUACCUUCAACCAGGGUCAGAUCGAGUGGUUCAAGGCUGGGUCCGCACUCAACUUGAUGGGCAAAUCUAAAAAGUAA